AUGGUCAAGGUCCGGUCGACGCUCGGGUACUGCGUGUACUUUGGCGCGCUCGCGCUCUGCAGCAUGCUGCUGCUGCACGUGCUGCUGUACGAGUGUUAUUACCGCUACGACGUGCUCGACUACCGCCGGCUGCAGGCGCGCGUGCUGCAGCGGCAUGGCCUGCGACAAGCCACGCAUCGCGGCCUGCUUGUCUGCCUCACGGACGCCACGCUGCCGCUCGGGCUGUCGCUGGUGAAAGAGCUGCGCACGCUCGGGAGUCGCGAUGCCAUCUUUGCUUACCACUGCAUGGGGGCGCUGUCGCCAAUCUCGCGUGAGCUACUGCGGGAGCUCGACGUGGUCGUCUACGAUGCCUGCGCCGACUUGAUCUCGUUUGGCCUGCUCACCGCGCGGGACGCGGCAUCGUACCAUGGCGAAGCGCUCACGUUGUUAGCGCUGCUCCACGCGCCCAUCGAGCACGUCAUCGUUCUGGACGCUGGCAACGUUGUGUUUGCCGACCCGAGUCUGCUCUGGUCGUCGCCCGCGUACGCCGAGACGGGCACGCGCUUCUUUUACGAGCGCGAAGUGCUUGCCGAUGCCUAUCUCACGGGCCACGUCCGCCGCCACGCCAAGAGCACGCAUCUCCACCGACUCAUGGAGCACUUUGAGUACGGCCUCUUUCGGCUACCGACGGGAGAGCCGUCGCCGGCGCUAGAAGCGUCCUUGGCCUGGCACGGCCACUCGAGCGUCGAGCAAGAUUUGUCGAUGCUGGCGCUGCACAAAGUUCGAAUCGCGGACGCCUUUCCUGUGCUGUGGCACCUUUUGCGUGACACGCGAUACCGCAUCCCGUUCUCGAAAGGGACGCAGGAGCUGCUGUGGCUCUCGCUCGAGUUGGUCCAGAUGCCAUACGCAUUUUCGCCGUGGGCAGAAACGCUCGUUUCGAACACGUCGUCGUCGGUGCUCUGUGGUAGCCGCGGGCAGUACCUUCCGAGCGACGUCAAUAGCCUCUUCUACCUCCGCGCCCGGGACCUCGUCGACCCAUACCUGAUGCAGAGUACUAUGCCAGGAGGGAUGCUAACGCUGGAGGUGAUCGAUGCCCGCGCCAAGGUGCUCGAAGCGCAGAUACCCUCUUUUGUCGGCCCACGCCGCACCCGCAGCGCCAUGGCCGCCGCCGACCCCAAGGCGGAUACGUGCCUGGCGAACCAGCGCGCCGAGCCGCUCUUCAAGGCCAUCCGCGACCAGAUCACGCGCCGCGUGGCGACCGCCGCGUCCAUGGCGCGUCGCCACCAAGCGCGCCUGCAACAACGCAUGUACUAG